AUGUUCUCUUCGAGCGGACUAGAACAGUCCCCCUCAAGCGAACUACAACAUGUCACCGGCGUCUGGCAACGAAUGCAAGGCUCCAGUCCCAUCUACGACUUCCUCUUCUCAACCAUCACCCUCAUCUCCGCAACAAAAGGAAGCAUCAAAGCCCACCUCACCCUAGGCCCCAACCACGUCAACUCGCGGGGCACUCUCCACGGCGCGGUAACCGCAGCGAUUGUAGAUUGGAGCGGCGGGUUGGCAAUUGCUACCCACGGCCUCGAGAAGACGGGCGCCUCGGUCGAUAUCCAUGUCACCUAUCUGGCAACGGCCAGGGUGGAUGAGGUGAUUGAGAUUGAGGCGACUGCUAAUAAGGUUGGGAAGAGUAUGGCUUUUACCACGAUCAAGGUGUCCAAGCUGGUGGAUGGUGAGGUGGGCGCGGUGGUUGCGACGGCUUCGCAUACGAAGUUUGUGCAAUUGGUUCAGCAGGAGAAGAAGUAG